AUGAACGGGGUUAAGAGGUUCUGUGACCUGUCUGGACAAGCCUGGGAGGAAGCCUUCGUAGAGUUCCAGAGGCUGAAGGCUGCUGCCAUUGCAGAGAGAAACCGUGCCCGCGUUGUGGGAGGUCUGCCAGAUGUGGUCACUAUCCAGGAGGGCAAGUCUCUGAACCUGACAGGCAACGUGUGGGGUGACCCUGCACCCGAGGUCACCUGGAUGAAGAACGACAGAGAGCUGGUGUCUGACGAACGCUACGCCCUUAAGUUUGAACACGGCAAGUUCGCCAGCAUCACCAUCGCGACGGUAACCACGACCGACUCAGGGAAGUACGCACUCCUGGUGAAGAACAAGUAUGGAACUGAGGCAGGAGAGUUCACUGUGUCCGUCUACAUCCCAGAGGAAGAGAAGAAGAAAGAGUAGAUGGGGAUGGAGGGAUGGAGUUGGAAUGGGAGGAAUAGUUAUAAUAGGCUGAAGGAUGACGGGGCGAUCUCCAAAGCUCUUUACCCCAGUGCAUGAUGGUAAACAGAGAACAGGAGAUAAAGAUUUAUUGCGGAGAGGUCUUGGUGCGUAUUYUUCUGCUGUCAUGUUGAAACCAGAAGCCCCCAGUGCACCAUGUCUAUACUGAUGUGUUGAAUCUAAAUGAUGAACCUGGAAAGAAUCCUGGAUUGCUCUCCAUCUGUCUCUGUCAGCACUGGGAUAAACAGCUGGGAGUUUCACCCUUCAGAAGGAUAAUAGUGUUAUUCUCAACUGUUGUUGUUGCUUGGUUUGUCGUCUGUUUGUAGAUGUAAGAAUGUUCGGUGUGUCCAACCAGGAGAUGGUUGACUUGUCUGUCUGCUGCCUUCAGCUGUUACUACAACAUUACUGUGGGUUCGACUUUAGAAGCACAUUGGACUAAAAUUUGAACUCUGACUGGAACUUGCCAAAAUGUAGAAGUGUUAGACAACCACAACAUAUUACAUCAGAGGUCAGGGGUUAGCGAUCAGAGGAGACUGGAUUGUUAAGGAAGUAGAGGCCCAUUAGGCAGUCUGUGUAGGCAUCUCAAAUAGCACCCUAUUCCCCAUGGGCCCUGGUCAAAAGUAGUGCACUGUGUAG